CGAGGUUGGAUAACCGCAGACGCGACGCGUCGUGGUGACACACGAACACGUCACAGUACAUCAUGCUGCAGCCUGCGUCCGUAUACCGUAUAGUAUAGGCCGUAGCCCCACAAAUGGGGCAGCACGGACAUCUGGGAUUCUCACAAAAUGACAGGUACUGCGGCAGUGAAAACAGCGCCCUUGGUGACAUACUCAUAGCACCAGCCAGUCUGAAGAUCAGAGAGCUUUCCAGCUGUAAAUUGGUAGAUGGAAGUCAUUUACAUGCAGGGGAAGACAAACUCAGCCCUGUUAUUGCCACUGGAAAUCAAGGAUGGAGGGAAAGACUUCUACCAAAGAUGCUGUUGUGCAUGAUGAUACCCAUCCUUGUUCAGCGGAGGAACCCAGAGACCCAACUCGGCCACGCAGUUCUGCUCACCAGGCUUGUACCAAUAACAACAUCUCUUCCAUUAAGGUCGAGCCAUCGGAUAUCGCCCAGCUAUCGCCUCCACUGUCAUGGUUGGACAAUUACGACGAUGACGAGUACGAUAACACAACUCGGUCACAAAGCCUUGCUGAUCAAGCCUCUUCUGACAGCAGUGCCGCUGGCAUAAAGAUGGAGCUGCCGGAUGCCUGCAAGGUUCCUCUUUGGCCAUCUUGGGUUGAUGUAGGAGAACAAAGUAAUCCAGAUCGGCCACACAGCUCUAAUAGCCAAGCCUCUACCAGUAAUACUGAUGCAAGCAUCAAGGUCGAGCCAUCCGAUUUCUGCCCGAUGGCCCUUGCGCCGACACAGCUCCAAGGUUCUAGUGAGUUUAUUGAGACCAGCCUCCACAGUUUUGAGUCACCACCUGUGUCAGUGACAACAAGUGGGACAAAGAGGAAACGUCUCCACAUGGAUGCCCUGAACUGUUUCCAUUUAGCUCAGACAGAAACAGGAGCCAUGGCACUGAAGAACCCAGCGAUCGUUAAAACGUCGAGUCUAGACUCCAACAGGGGCAUGUACCCCCAGCUGCCAGGAACAACCCCACGUGGGUUGCCUCCAGCACCUCACUUCUCACAAAAAAAAAAGAAACCCAUCCCCAAGAAGUUUUCUCUCAGCGAGGAGGAAACAAACAACCAAACAACGAUUGAAAGGCUCUUUCCUGUCUGUCCUGGCAAGAGGGCCAUGCCCAGUAGUGCAUCAGCUGAUAACAAGCCGUGCUCGCAUCCCUUACCAGCAUCAAGAACAACUGCUUUUUCUGAUCAUUCUUCAACCCCAACCUUCCCGAAGAAAAACCUGAACACCCAGUUUGCCUCCGUGGGACUGCCUACAUCGCAAAAGCAGGCUCAGAACAACACGACGUUAUCCACACAUCAGCAGAACAGGUUUACUGGGACAUCACUUGCCCAUUCAUCCAGCAUUCCAAGCUCCAAAACAACCACUCCAGUGAAGAUAGUCCUCUCUUCUACCAAAAGCCAGAGUUCAGACAACUCACUGGAUGCAGCUAUUGUUGAUGUCUCCUUGACGCCGCCAAAUUCCAGCCCUUCAAAGUCAGUCCAGAGCACCGACAGCAGUGACGUCGAGAGUUUUGAGAAUGAGAGCUUCUUUGAUGACCUUGACCCAAUUCUCCUGGAUGUGGAUUCCUCCUCCUCUCAGCGCUCAUCUUCCCAACCUGAUGCCAGUGAGCCUCCCAACACCUUUGGACUGCUCGGCGAAGAACCUUCAAGAUUCAGUGACCUGGAUACAGAUGAUCAGCAACCCUUCCGAGGCUUUGACGCACUCCCUUUGGAAGUCUUAGAGAGGAUAUUCUGCUUUGUACCCACGAUGGAUGCACACCUUCGUCUCAGCCUUGUCUGCAAACGAUGGAACGAAAUCCUCUCAAAAGAAGACUUUAUGCCAUGGAAGAAGGUUUACCAUCGCAUGCGGAUGCAGUCUCUCCAUAAAGUCCCUGAACAGCCUAAUCUCUUGAGACCUGGAGCGGAGAAAAAUGAAGACACUUGUCUGCUUGAUCUUGUCAGGAGCAUGCCAGAGUUCAAAGAUCGCUAUGGCUCUGGUAUGGACACAGACCUUCACAGACAUCCCAAAUACGACCUUGCCAAAGCCAUCAUGAAGAGCAAAGCCCCUGAGCUACUGAAAUAUGAGGAACCCAAUCCCUGGUCCACCAUUUGUAUGCUCGUUCUCCUGUCUGAGACAGUCCAAGAUGUGUAUUGCAUCUUGAAAUGUCUUCUCCAUCAUACGGCAUCUUGUACCACAAUGGAGGUGCUGGAAUGCCUGUAUUGCAUCGCUGCGUAUCUCUGGAAGUUUAAAAUCAGUUUUGAGAUGAGCAGUGGAUACCACUAUCGUGUCUACCAUGCUCUGCACUUAUUUGAGAACAGUCACUCCUCUGUACCAUUGAAAAGGGAAGGCCCAUCUGAUCUUCCGACAGUAAACAGACUUGGCCUUGCGCUGCCAAGGCAGAGCAUGCCUCCAACUGAUGAGCAGUGGCAUAUCAUCAAUUAUGACAUCAAUCCUGGCAAAGUGGUCAAGGUUGUUGCUUUUGCCGGGACUGGCAAGACAACAACCCUGGUAAAAUAUGCCGAGAGACGACCCAACACUUCAUUUCUCUAUGUGGCUUUCAACAAGUCAGUACAGAAACAUGCCAAGGAGAUCUUUCCUGGUAAUGUUGAAAGCCGGACGAUACAUUCCCUUGCGUUCAGUGUAGUUGGGUACAAGUACAGGAACAAGCUGGUUUCGUCCCUGAAUCCAGUCAACAUACACUGGGCACUUCCACCGGGAGAACGCAAGGAAGUACCCUGGCUGCGUUACGCUAACCUUGUCUGCAAGACCAUCAAGCGCUUCUGUGCUAGUGACAAUGAUUACAUAACAACGCAGCACGUGCCGUCAGAGUACCACACCUAUAAACAGAACGGUGAUGAAGUUUUCCGGCAGAGGGUCACACUAGAUCACGCACUCCAAAUGAAAAUAUCCAAUGACUCCUCCUCUGUGUGGGAAAAGAUGACUGAAGUCAAUAACAGAGAUGUUCACAUAACUCAUGAUGUGUACCUCAAGCUCUACCAACUCAAGAAGCCGUGGUAUCUUGACUAUGAUUGUCUGCUGAUUGACGAAGCUCAAGAUCUGACACCAGCCCAGGAGCAUAUCCUCUUGAAUCAACCAGGCUCCAAGAUUCUAGUCGGUGACCCCCAUCAACAGAUCUACAGCUUCCGCGGUGCUACGGACACCAUGAGAAGGGUACAGUGUGAGAAGACAUUCCAUCUAACCCAGUCUUUCCGCUUUGGCACCGAGAUUGCCUACAUUGCCAACUGCUUGCUUGAGAGGGCAACCAGCCGCAGCACUCCCUCUACACAAACGCUUAUUGGCAAAAGAGAACCAGGUCACAUUGAUGGAGAAGAGAUUGGUAAAGUGGCCAUUAUAACACGCACCAAUGUCACAUUGUUCAAGGAAGCUGUCAGGAUUGUUGAGACUGAUUCCACAACCUCAAUAGCAUUUGCAGGGGGCAUUGGCAAUUAUGGUCUGGACGUAAUUCUGGAUAUUUAUCAACUGCAGCAGCCAGAGCAGAAACGGGCAUUCAUCAAGAACAAAUACAUCUGGAGCCAUGAGAACUUUGGCGCACUCAAGCAACAUGCCAUGGAGACGGAUGAUAUCGAUCUGAUGAACAAAAUUAAAAUAGUUGAUAUGUACAACAUUCGCAUCCCGGAGAUUGUUGAAAAAAUCCAGAGUAGGACCAGGCAAGAGGGCAUGGCAGAUGUCAUCCUCACCACUGCUCACAAGGCAAAAGGGCUGGAGUUUGAAACGGUCAUGUUCACCAACGACUUUGGAAUAUGUACUACCACUGGCAGGCUUAGUCCACUGUGCACAAUGGAAGGAGAUGAGUUGAACCUGGUAUACGUGGCCAUCACCAGAGCCAGGAAGAGUCUAGUACUCACCAACAGCUUGAUCAAAUUCAUCGGCGAGCGACCUACAUGGGAGAAGUUUGUCCACCCGGCACCAGUGAUGCCCUCCAGUGGUGCCAUCACUCCUUGUGUCUGCAUUAAUUGUCACACACACAUCCACGGGGACUGUGCCAUGCUGCUCCAGAGAAAAGCCUGCAAAUUGGCCUAUCCAUCAACCACACGGAAGGGUGGGAUUUGUUGCAGAAAGUGCUCCAUUAAGCUAUGUCCAACCUUCUCUUGUUUGCUCGGAUAAGACAUUAAAAGUUUACCGUCCAACAUCGCGGUGAGAGAAACAUGUAGAGAUGGAAGAGUUUAUUUUUAAUGAUGCCUUAUAUGAUUAAAAAUUAGUCAGGGCUGCCACACCAGUCAAACAACAAGACUGACUUUUGACUUGAGUGUAGUUUGGGUAUCAGACCACGUACAGUUUUGAGCUGAGCAGACCAUAUUCUGGCAAUGGAGCCUUGGCCCACUGGAUGAAGCUCAUAAGCUCCUAGCUGGCAAAGAGAAUAUUGAAAUAAGAAGCAGAAUGUGUCUGAAAUAUUGAUUCCUUACCAGGAGUUUCUAUGCCCGUGGAAACACUGACAUACCUUGGUUGUGAAAAUGGGCUGAAGGUUGGCUAAGUUUUUCUGUUCCAAUCAGCACAAUUACCAUUCAUUAGCUUCAUGACGUUGCCCCGGUUCCCACCAACAUCAGCAGCAUGGUAUCUGAAUUACAAGAUGUGAUUUUGCAGGAUUGCAUGUGACUGCUUCCCAUUGAAUAGUAGAAGCUACAUGUGUUGCACACAAGAAAUGAAAGCAUUCUAAUGAAUUGGUUCAAUCAUCGGCACUGUUUCAUCGAGCUGCCGUGCGGAAAACAUUUCGAAAUAAAUUUUGAAAAGGUGCAAACUGCUCACACAACCAAACCUCACAAGUAACUUUGGCAAUCAGAAAGUGAUACUACGUGAACCGUUCUGUAUUUUGAGGAAAUGAAUCGGUUCUUCUUAGUGAAUGAAUGUUUUUAUUUGUAACCUUUACAUCCGAGAAAGUGGCACUGCUCUAAUGUUUUGGUGUUAUUGUAACUUCAGUUACAAGAUAUCUUCAUCUUUGUAAAGUAAAAUGCCGUAUUUUUAUAGUACUGAUAAUGCAUGCAGUAGGAAGCAGCCAAUCAGCCAAUCACAACAUGCAUUCAAAGUCGGUAACAAGUCUUCUGAUUGGAUCACUGGUUCACACUCAUGUUUAAACUGAGAUCUUCUGAUUAGUGCAAUUUUUUAAAAUUUACCUGUUUCAAAAAUAGCCUAUAAUGUCACAAAGUAUUACCAUGGCAAAAUCCAUGUGAUCUGUAAGGGAUAAAAUCCCUGAAGUAGAGUCUUCCAGCUGUGUAUUUUUAUUGAUCACACAAUAAAGAUUUAUAUUGCGGUGAUGUUGUUAAUACAUCAUUUGUUAUUGGGAAAUGAAAAGCAAUCAUGGAAGAUGUUUUCAUCUUUACGGUUUCUUUUUUUUCCAAAAAUGACAUUGGCAGUCCUCUUACAGGUAAAUAAGAUAAAGGUGCUACAGAAGAAUUAUUGUGCUUACAAAAUUAAACAAAGUUCCAGGAAAAAAAACGGAGGUUCUCAAAGGUUAGGGAACUUUUCAAAAGUAAAAAAAAAGAUUUAUGGCCAGCUGUUUAGCCACAAAACUUGCCAGUCAUAGAAAAUAGUAUUUAUGUAGCGGUCCGGCCCCCUGGCCAAUCGCUCGGGGGCGGCGGUCCGUCCGCCACUGAAGGGGGAAUUGGAGGCCAGGCAGGCAAAAAGAAAGUUCAGCAGACACUGAAAGACUUGGGUGUUCAAGCGGACUGGAUUUCUUUUAUAAUCACAACUGCUUGGACAAUUAAACCGGUGCUAAUCUAUGUGAUUCCCGGCUGAGCCAUCACAACGUCCAUUCACCCAGUCAUCUCACACAGCACCUCCCGCUUUCCCGAAAAAAAACUUGGGAAACUCGCCCAACUUCAGUGCCGCCAAAAAGUAUCACAUUGGAGGCCACUUCCAGCCGACAGGCAAGACUUACAGAAAAAACUUGUACUGUACAUUCUGUGCACCCACGUGGGCCAAUCAUGCCUUGAAGACGUGCACAAGGUUCAAAGGUCACACAAUUCGCUAAAUUAACGGGGAAUUCCCAGAUCCCUACAUUUAUAGUAUAUUUUAUUCCUGGCAGAGGGACGUUCAGGCAGUGUUCCUCCCUGAAAUUGCAUCAUUGCUGGCUUUAAACACCCCUCUGCUGGCUAGCAAACUAUACAUACAAAUGUACUUGGUAAAAGUAAGUUAGCAACUAAAAUGCGUAAAGUGUAUUACUCAUUGCUGAUACUCGGUAUCCUCUAAGCAAUAUUUGCUGCUUAGAAUAGUAACUCCAUAAAGUUUGACGGAGAUAGAGUUUCAUGCAGGUUACUGUCCCCAGCCACUUUGUCCGUUCCAGAUAAUAUAAUUUCUGCCAGAUCGUGUGAUCCUUAGACAAGGGCGGAUCCAGAGCCAAAUUUUUUCUUGGGGGGGGGGCUGCAAACAAUGUUCAUGUCAACUUUAAUUUCCUUUCUAAGGAUUGUGGCUACAUUUUGGAGCUUUGUACAUGCUUUUGAAUAGAAGGGAAAGAAAGUACAACCCCCCCAAAAAAUCCCCCUUCAUCAUUAAAAAAUCUCUAGGGUGGGGGGGGGAGCAUGGCCUCUUGACGUGGCCCCUCCCAUCUGCCCUUGUCCCUUGAUAAUAGAUAUAUUUUUGCAUAUGGUAACCUGUGGAAUCUAUUUCAUUAUUAAGGGUUAUGAUAUUCGGAAUGGUUUUGCCUACCAUUCCUGCUGCUUCAAGAAUCAUGUUGCUUGUCUGGCAGUAAUACGAUGACAGGUCCAAAAUGGCUUGUGUCAUCGGUAUACAGGUGCAUUGAAGUACCAGGAGAAAAUACACUGUGGAAGAUCAUGCCUAAAAGGGUUUUUAAAGGGGAUCUUACCAUUGAUCCUUGUGGAACUUGAGAUGGAACCAUUGCAGUCUAUCAAAAUUGGCCAAAACAAUUAAAAAUAUUCUGUGCUGAAAAGCCAGAACAGUUGUAUCCGUGCAACAGCACUAGUUGGGAUUUCCUUCCAAGCCUGUGUCCAAAUAAAAUGAGUUUUUCCUAUGAUCUGACUGGCCAGCCAGUUAUAGUCAGGAGGAGACUUUGGGAAAACUAGAGUAAAAAUAUUUACCCAGAAGAGGCAAAGUGGAUUUGAUGACCAUUUAAAGAUGUGAUAGUGGAUAUGACUUUAUCAACAAGGUCCCAGCAUUACAGCUUCUUUACCCCAAUCGCUGGUGCCAGAAGUAGGGGGGGCCCAAGGAUGCCAACUUCCCCCCCCCCUUUGAAAAUGAUUCCAUGGCCGUUGACCCCAAUCAUGUUGAAAGCGUAUAUUCAGAAGUCAACCAGAUGGCAAAACAUGUCUUGCAGUCAUUUCAUCAGCAACUUGUCCUAAUUAUGGGCCCCGCACAAAUCACACCCACCCAAUCCUCAGUCUGUUCUGAAUGCAAAUGAAUAUCACCUUCUUGGAUUUCAGAAGGAAAUGUGAUCUGGGGUGAUUUUCUCUAGUGACUGGCUGGCUAUUGAGGUUCAUGACACUGGCUUUUAGUCCACACCAGACUUGUUUACACAUUAUUACAUUUUGGUGAAGUAAUGUAGCUGGUCAUGACUACGCAUGGUUCCCCUAAUGUAUAUGGGCGGGGUUUCAAACGUACGGAGGGGGAAAAAACAAUUAUUUAUUCAGGUGGCCACAAACGACCGGCAUAACAGGUGACAUUGUCUUAGCAAUCAGAGGAUGCUAAGUCACCCUUACUUGUGUAAAUCAUAACAACAUUAAUCUGUAAGCCGUGUAAACUUUUUUGUGACAGGUUACACAAAGGUAUGUCAGACAUACAUAGGUUUUUAUACCAUCAAAUGGAUGUGUAGUCUGGCCAGGGGCUUUUGUUCUCAUGAUAGUUCGGAUUUACUAAAAGCAUAGGGGUGGAUGCGUUGCAGAGUUGACGCUGUCAAACUGAGAUUUAAAGGAGGGCUUUGAAGUUGUAUUAUGGAACAACUAGCAGGCAGCGUAACUGGAAACUUUUGAUUUCAUGCACUGUUGGUAAAUAAACAGCAUCUGCAGUCAGUA